CGCACGUCGCCCCGCCCCGCCGCUGCGCGCUCACUCGCUCCGAAGUCCGGUGUGGCGGGAGGCGGCCGCGGGUGUCAUGGUGCGCUCGCUCAACUCCAUCGUGGCCGUGUGCCAGAACAUGGGCAUCGGGAAGGACGGCAGCCUGCCCUGGCCGCCGCUGAGGAAUGAGUUCAAGUACUUCCAGAGAAUGACUAGCACAUCCCACGUGGAAGGUAAACAGAAUGCACUGAUAAUGGGUAAAAAAACCUGGUUCUCCAUUCCUGAGAAGAAUCGUCCUUUAAAAGGCAGAAUUAAUAUAGUGCUCAGCAGGGAGCUCAAGGAAACCCCAAAAGGAGCACAUUAUCUUUCCAAAAGUCUGGAUGAUGCUUUAGCCCUUUUGGAUUCACCAGAAUUAAAAAGUAAAGUCGAUAUGGUUUGGAUCGUCGGAGGAAGUUCAGUUUACAAGGCAGCGAUGGAGAAGCCAAUUAAUCAUCGAUUGUUUGUGACAAGAAUUUUGCAGGACUUUGAAAGUGACACAUUUUUUCCGGAAAUCGACUACAAAGAGUACAAACUUCUCACAGAGUACCCAGGUGUCCCUGCUGAUAUCCAAGAAGAGAAUGGCAUCCAGUACAAAUUUGAGGUGUAUGAAAAAGCCAUCUCGGCACAAUAAAUGAGGCUUUCUGUACUUCUGUGUAAGGGCAGGCAUUUUAAAUCGUGAAGUCUUAUUGAGUGCAAAUAUAUACUAAAUUAUUGAGAGAAAAUCCUGCUUGAUUGUACAAUACCUCAGUAGUGAAUGAUUCCAAAAAACACACCCCACACUCUGAAUAUACACCCCGCAGUGGAAAUAUGAGGGUAGUCAGCAGCAUGAAAGAGCUAGAUCUAAGGAAUACCACACCUAUGGUUGGAUGAGAUCUUGCAUUGAUCUUUACAGUCCAGGGCAGCAUCCCUAACAAGUCCACGAGUAAUGAAAGGCAUUAGACUGUUUCAGAACCUUUCUACCUAAACAAAGGUUUCGAGUAUCUCCUGAUUCAAAACACCCAACACUGAGAAAGUGUCAAAACUCCUGAGUUUGACUGGGGUGGUAUGUACAUUUACAACAAUAAAAUAUACUGGUGCAGAGGAAAAGGUAAGCAAGCAUAACAAGAGAAAUGGAGUCUGGAAGCCUCGGGCAGCAGUUGAGGGAUAGAUUGAUCCAUCAUGGAACUCCUCUCUUAUCAUCUUAACCAUCCUGGGUACACAGCCUGCUUCAAGCCUUUUGGCUGAAAACACUGACUUACAAAUUAAUCUGAUGAAGAAGUUUUAACAUUUCUGUUAACUUCACACCCAUGUAGAGGCUUGCUGCUCUUAUAAAAAGUUGCUAUGUCUGUUUGACCGUGGCCACUUUGCAGUAUAAGAACAUAAACAUUGCUUUCUUAACAGAACCUGUGUUCUUAUGUCCCUUCUAAUUGUUAGCAGUGCAGAUGCAGAAUGUUAAUUUGUUGAUGUGAUUUUGACUAUUCUGUGUUGCAUACAAAUACGGAUUAUAAGCAGAUAGUGGAGUCCUGUUUCCUUUUUCAUUAAACAUAGCUAGUAUAAUAAUGUUCUGCAUUACUGUUCACUAGAGUAGUGAACAAUAUACUGGUACCGUAGUAACACUGUGAUUCUAAUGGCAUACAAUGCCAAGUGUUGACCAAACUUUAUUGUUGCCAAUAUUAUCACAACAUUAUCUGUAAUACUAGCCUGUUGCUAUGUUCUGGCUGUGAGGAGUUUGUCAGACAGCAGAGGACUCCAUACAUGAAGUGUCAACGGAGAGGAGCUAGGGUGUACCGUGCCCAUCUAUGCUUCCUGGUGCUGCAGCUGCCACCCUGAGAGAUAACCUGCAGGGAGGGAGCCCUGCCUCCCUUUCACUGCAGAUCAGUCUGAGACCAGAGGAGUGAAAAAAAAAGUUUUUUUAAAAAAAAUUAACCCUCAAAACUCUGCUGACUGUUUCCUCAAAGCAUUUUUAAAAGCAUUGCCUUAUGAAGCAGUAUUGUGGGAGAUUUGAGUAAUAAUGGUCAUCCUUUAAUGUCACGCUGAGGCUCAGUUCUAACGUCGGGGAGGGCAGCACGGGCCUUACACAGGUUAUAACUGUACAGAGGAGCGUAACAGCACCCGGUUUUCUUUUGAUUUUGCUUGCUUUUGAAAACCCAAAUCUCUUUCAUAAGAGAAAAAGAAUGUCAGCUGUGAACACCUUGAAUUUUUCAUUGCAAUUCACAACAUUUAACUGAUAAAGAUAAUUUUUGCAUCUGU